AAAGGCUGCAACCAUUUUAAAGACAAGUGAGUGAGGAUUGGAGGAGGAUGAAGAGUAUUAAAGGAAUAAGAAAGAGGAACAGCUCUUAACCUAAUUAAGUAAAUGCUUCUUUUAUUCCUUCUUGUUUGUUGAGGUGGGUCUCUUCUGAUUUCCACCUCAAAAGCUGAUCUUUUCUAUUUAAGAUAUAGCCAGUGAAUACAUAGAGAGAAGAGAGAGAGAAGAGAGAGAGAGAGAACCAUAUGAUUAUUAUCAAUUAAGAAGAGCACAGAAAGGACAAGUCAUACAACCUAUGAGCUUUGGUUACACAUAACUAAUGACAGAGCUCAGAAGGAUGAUGCUUGUUAUGUGGAUACUGAUGUGUCCGGACUCUAAGACUAGAUUACGGUUUGUUAGGGAACCAAUAUAUUUGUUUAAAGAAAGGUUUUAGUCAUAUAAAUAUAUUAAUUUCUGUGUUGAAAAAGAAGAGCAUAGGCUUUUAAUUCUAUAUGAGAGAGUGUACUUUAUAAUGAAGAAGGCACUAACCUUCCUUCCCUUCAUAUAUAUCUGCAAUGAGCUUUGUCUGGUAGUGCUUCAAUUGAGUGAAAACUAUGGUGCUAGGGUUGCCAUGUGGUGAAACUUACUCCUUCUCUUCAAUUAUAUGAGGCUUCCUAUAGGCUCCGGCUUUUCUUGAUACUUCAAAAAAUACCAACAAAAAAAAAUUAUAUUUAUUGAUGAUGGAAGAGCAAAGCAAAUGAGAGACAGAGACACAGUGCCUAUAUCAGAGAGUAAAUUGGUGAGGCGGAUUGAAACACAUAAGCCAUGGAGUCUCCGAGGAACCAUGGUGGCUCUGAGGAGGAGGAGGAAUACAGCAGUUGUGAGUCAGGGUGGACUAUGUACAUAGAAGACGCCUUCCAUGGAAAUGACCAUUCAUCUGUUGUUGUCGAUGAUGAUGAUGAUACACAGGUCAAAGAGGCUGAUCAUGAUGGUUAUGAGAACGAUGAUGGUGAUAGUAGUGAUGAUGGAGGUAAUGAAGAGAGUGAUGAUUCCAUGGCUUCUGAUGCAUCUUCGGGGCCUAGCAAACAGUUUCCGAUGAACAUCAACAAACAUGCAGCUAGGAAGAACGGUUCUAAACAAGUUUACCUUCAAAAACACCAACACACAGAGAAAACAUUCAGCAACGAAGGAGAAAAAUCAGACCUCAAAGCUAGACCAAGAACAAGCGCAGCUAGUCGUGUCCAGAGUAGAGGCAAGGUGAGCAAAACCAAAUAAAACUCAUGGCGAAUAAGAGAAGAAAAAUUGGGGGUUCGCUAAAAAAUCUUAAUCCUGUAAUGAAGAGAGAUGUUUCAGGUCUCUCACCAAUCGUGUUGUUUGCCUUAAAUAAGCCAUGUGUAGGUAGUUGCAUUGUUUUCUUUUGCCGGAGUAUGUUUUUUUUUGUAGAUGCUGUCCCAAAUAAGUUAUUUGCACGGUUCUGCGUUGGAGCCCGGUUA